AUCUUCACACAGAUAAAGACAGACACACAGGCGAUACAGAGAGACAGAGACAGACACGAACACACAGAGACAGACACAAACACAGAGACAGACGCGAGGCAGAGGCGACUCUAUCACUAUAACCGGAGGCUUAACGUAAAAUGCAAGUAACAGCACAAGAAGCAGCCGGCAUUGCUGGAGAUGUCUGAGGCCAUCUAUGCCAAGCCAGACAUGACCAAGAAAGUCAAGUUUGACAGAGGUGAGAUGGAGGAGAGGAUUGUGGACAUCUACGUCAGUGCAGACACCCUGAGAGACCACGAGACCAGCACCAAAACAGAAGAUGUAGAACACACUUCAACUAAUGGACCGGGAGACCAGCACAUAGAGCCUAAUAGCACAGGGAAGAGACCCUUCCUAGCUGUUGCAGUGUGUCUGGGGCUGCUGUGUGUUCUCCUACUGGCUGGGAUCAUAGGCCAGUCAGUCCACUGCUGGAACAAGUUUGAAUCCUGUUGGUACUUCGUCUCUUCUGAGAGAAAAACCUGGAGUGAGAGCAGACAGGACUGUGUGGAGAGAGGAGCAGACCUGGUGAUCGUAAACAGCAGAGAGAAACAGAGAUUUCUAUUUGCCCUCAACAAGAGAGCCUGGAUCGGUCUGACUGACAGAGAGACUGAGGGGUCCUGGAAAUGGGUUGACGGCACACCACUGAAAACAAGUUACUGGAUAUUCGACCAGCCUGAUAAUGGUGGAAGUGUUUCAACAUUUCCGGGGGAGGACUGUGCUGUACUAAGAAAAGGACAAGACCAGCCUGAAAAGACAUGGAAUGAUUUAAAUUGUGCACAAAAACGUAUCUGGAUUUGUGAGUUGUGUAACAAUAACCUACUGUAACAACUACCCAUCCACCAUCUCCCCUUCUCUAUCUCUCUCUAUGACUCUCUCUGACUCUCCCUCUCUCAUCCUGUCUCCAUCCCUACUCAUUUAUGUUCUUUUCAUUCUGAACAUAUGAAUCAAAUUCCCAUUUACUUCCUGGAAUGCAUUAGUAGCUUCCUGUCUUCAGUAGUUAAAUGGACACAUCAGACACAGACAAUGAUUGAGACACAACACAAAAAGUAAACAGCUGCAUUAGAACAGACAGAAGGGACCAGUAUGAGGUUGUUAAGUCAGUACAGUCGACUCCUGAUAGGUGCACAUCAGAUAAGUGCAAGACCUGGGUUCAAAUACAACUUGAAAUCUUUCAAAAGCUUUGAGUGUUUGCUUUAGCCUGCCUUCAGAGCCAGGUGGGUACUGGGGCUUUUCUGUUGCAACAGAAGUAUUUUAAAUAAUUUCAUACGGAGAGGCAUUCUGGUCGUACUCCUUAGACACUGGAUUCAUUUAUUAGGUCUCGUCGUCUCCGAAUUCACAGACACCCAAAUGUAAAUUUUGACAUGGCCUAUUGAUUAACAAGACACACCGUUUAUCUUAUUAUUUUGUGCUAUAAUUUGCAGUUUACCUUGGAACAUAUUAUCAUUAGAAUUAUUUUACAUUGUUAUGUCUCAAUGGGCCGCAAGGCUAUAAAUAGGAUUUAUGUGCAACGGUCAGGUCACUCUGAGGAAGAUGUCAGCUUUAUGUUGAAAUGUCAGUCACCUGUUCACAUCCUGUACAAUGUAUUAAAGUGAGCAAUAACAAAUCAA